CUGGAGGAAUGUGGAUAGGGUGUCCUCACCCUCGAUCCAGAUCACGAAGAUGUCAUCAGUGAAUCUGAACCAGCUGCAGCUGCUCAAGUAUUUCCACAUACAGAAUGCGUGUGUCUGACAAAACAAGAAUGAGGCACUCUGUUGAAGCAGCUGCUUCAACAAACAAAUGUACCAGGGAAACUCAAGCAUCAAACAGUAUACCUUCUGCAGUUGCACAAGAUUUGGCAGCAUGUUUGCCACCAGGGGAUCAACGCCCGUACGACAGCUCACGGUACGCCCCAAACGAGGCAGGGGAUGACGUGCUGAGCUACAGUGUUCUGCCUGCUGAAAUGCUGCCUUUUACUGCAGAAAGGCACCGAGCAUAUGACAAGUCUAAAUACUAUGACGCUACCCCCAGAGAAGUUCCUGUUUCGAGGGACCAGAUGGCACUGCAGUUAAGGGAAGAAUUGGAGCAGUGGAGGAGGUCUCAGGCUAGCUCUGUUCAGUCACUUGAAGAGCAGUACCCUCAGUGGGCAGACUGGAGGGCUGAUAUCCUACCACAGACAAGAAAGAAACGACCAUUGAGUGCACCAGAAGUUCGCACAAUGUUCAGAGAAGGCAGUGAGGAGGCAGAAACGAGCGAUGUCAAACAGAAGGACGAAUUGGGAACACGACAUGCUGCACAGGAAGUGGUCACGUCGCACUCAGAGCCAUCUACCUCCCAGGGGAUGCAGUUAUAAUUGUAAUAGAUGUUGGACACUUUGACUCCAAGUAUGUUAUACAGAAACACAGUGAUUUUUUACAAAAGGCAAAACUAUGUGUUCGAAGAAUUGUGGAGAGGAGGAUAUUUACCAGUGGUAAAGAUGAAAUUGGGUUGAUUGUACUUGGUUCUGACAAGACACAGAAUCCACUUGAUUACCCAAAUGUGAGUGUGGAAUUUCCUCUUGCACUGCCUACAUGGCAGAUGAUAUCCUUUGUGGAGAAAUCUUUACAUGAAAGUGAAAUAAAAACAGUUGGAUAGAUGGUGUUGUUGUUGGCAUGCAAGUCUUGAAAGAUGAGCUAGAGUGCCUUGAAGAAAAUAAAAGAUCUCGAAAGUGUCUUAAUGACAACCGAUGGCCUCAUGUUGACAAGACAGCUGGUUGCCUUGCAGAGGGCAGGGCUUGAUGGUCUGAACAUCAGCUUAGACACCCUGCAGUCCCGACGC